CGCGCCACACUUUUAUAUCUUGUAACGUGCGUCAGUUAAGUGCAUUCACAAUUGUUGUAAGACAUUAAUUCAACUAUUAAACAUAAACAAUGGAUUGUCAUCCCAAUAAUAUGGACAACUCCACCCAACAAAAAUUAAGCAGAAUGCACUGGUUAGCGAAGAAACUAAUGCGGAUAAAUCAACUAGAUAUGCCACAGAGAAAAAUAUUGUGCCACAAGUGUAAAUCAUACCUGGGUACAGUUGCGUUUACACCAGGCAGGGGAAGACAUUUAUGCUUUGUGUGUUUUGUAACAUAUCCACCAGCGAAAGUCUUGGUUGCAAAUGAUUCUCUGGUAAAGCAGCUUGAAUUUUUGGAGUAUCCAUGUACAAGUCCAUAUGAGUGCCACUUUAUUGGCUCAUUUGAUGAAGCAACUGCCCAUUCCAAAAACUGUUCACCAACAUUCACUUGCACAUUCUGCAAUGGCAUCAUUGACAAAGACUAUACUGUCGAACACUUCUUAGAACAACACUGCAAUCAGAAAUUAUUUGCUUCACAUGAUGCUGUAUUCGAUAAGAUUGCCAUCAGUGUGCCUCUGAAAACAGACAAGAUUCACGUCCUCAGAUCUGGUUAUACUGAUUUUAUUUUAUUUAUUAAAACUGUGAAUCGUGAUAAAAUCAGUUUAACGGUUGUCAAAUGUUAUGGCAUGUCUUCACCCGAAUUCAACCGUUAUUCACACGACAAUUUUUGCAUUGAAUGGAAGAAUAAUCAUAAAGCCAAAGGUAGAACCAUUUCAAUCGACGAUUAUUUCGCCGGUGCAGCAAAACCAAUUGGGAUACCGAUAAAUAGAGACAAAAAAGAGCGUUUGGAGGUGAAAAUACACUUUAAUAAUAUACAAGCAGCGAAAGAAACGACGGCAACCAUUGAAGAAUGUCCGAUUUGUUUCGAAGUCGUUGUUUUCAAAACGCGCAAAUGCAGAAAUGGCCACUCAGUCUGCAGUAAGUGUCAACUGAAGAUUGUCAACUGCCCGUUUUGCAGAGAACCGAUGAAUCUUGACAUGGAUGCGGAUAAUAUGAUUCCAAAACGUUCCGUUCAAUGCCCAAACAAACACUGUCUUCAAGUAAUGUGCGAGUCUAGAAUUGCUCAGCAUCUGGCUGGUAAUUGCGCGUUUGAAAUGUUUGAUUGUCCUGAAUGUCCCACCAGUAUACCAAGAAUGAAAGUCUUGGAACAUUUGCAAAAGACACACAAGAAGUACUUCCAAGGAUAUGAGUUUUAUAUUCAUUCUACUGAGGGCAGCCGCACGCAUUACUUACUAUUUAAGGGGAAGUUGUUUCAAUUGACGAUUGCUGUUGUGGGGAAUGAUAUAGCAACACAGCGGGUUAAUUUUUCAGUGAAGUUGUUGAUGGAGGAUACUUCCCUGUCGCGCAAAUUUUUUUAUGAAUUGCAUUUUUAUAAACAGCCAUCAGAUGUGUUGGCUGCCCUGACGUGUAGUAAUUUUUGUAAGGAUACAGUGAGUUCCAGUGUGAAAGCCUCCGCGAUUCCACGUGUGCUUGCAGCUAAGAAGUCUCUUGGUUUUUUUCGCAUUCAUAUUUUUAGCGUAUAAUAUAUUCAUGAGACUUGCUACUGUUUCGAAGACAAGUUAAUCAUGAUUCACAUGCUUUCUUUUCAUCUUGAGGUUAUUCAGACAUGUUACAGUUAGUUUGUUGUUUAACUUUUUCGAUAUAUUUAAAGCUCACUAUUACUUUUUACGUUGUUUUUAUUACUGUUCAGUAGUUUUUUAUAAAUCAUGAAGUGUUUUAGUUUACUUUACUUUACAAUGCUAAGGUAUUUUUAUUGUAUGACUUCAAGUAAGUGAUUGCGUUUAUUUUUUAUAUUUUUAUCUUUGUAUUGCAGCAUUACUUACUGUUUUUCUUUGCAUUUAAAACUAAUGAAUCUAAUGAAAUGUU